AUGGCGGACAGCAGCAGCAAAGAACGUUUAAAAUGCGAAUAUUUUAUCAACAGCGGUGAUCGUGUAAUGGCCGUCUUGAAAAUUUAAUAUUAUUCAGCAGGCAUUUUUCCGCAUUUCUUACGGCGCACACAAAUCUCCUCCACCAAAUUCCUGUGCCCCCCCCCCCGAGUUAGUUAAUAACAAAACGCCUGUGGAGGAGGCAGCACAAUGUAUAUAUUACACCCCCCCCUCAUCACAUACUUCCGGUUGUAACUAUUCUCAACAACAAGCUUUUAAAUAGAAUCAUACAAUUAACCAAAGACAUGUAUGCUUAGUGUACCCUGUAUUUUACUUGACAGGAAGGAGUGUUGGAAAGUAAUUCAAAUGAAGCUACCAGAACUGACAGGUGUGUUUAUUUUUAACUUCAAUGCUGCAAAUUAUACCAAACCCUGUUCGCUUUAAGGGUUAGGAUUAGAAUCAAUUCGUUUGGCAAUCCCGAUGUAUUAUAAGAAAUAUUACCCUGGAUUCCAGAGCCUUCGACAGUAAAUAAUAAAUUGAAAUGUCGCGAAGGCUCUGGUUCAACGGGGAGAUUCUUUGAUUAAACCGUGCCAAUCACAAAACAGAAUUAGUGGUUUUAGUACAGAUUCUGUACUAGAACCACUCAUUCUGUUUUGUGAUUGGCAUAGUUUAAUCAAAGAAUCUCCCCGUUGAACCAGAGCCUUCGCGACAUUUCAAUUUAUUAUUUACUGUCGAAGGCUCUGGAAUCCAGGGUAAAGAAAUAUAUGAAAUGACUAACAUUUUAUUUUGUUGACAAAUGCUUCAGGCUUUCUUUGACAUCAUUGAAACAAAAUUGUGCAAUACAAUAUCUUAUCAGAUCUCCCCUCUCUUUUUACUAACAUACUUGGAAUUUAGUUCAUCUUCCUAAAAGAUGAUGAACCUGUCUCAACUCUGGGUGCACUACAAUGCAAAACUUCUGUAGACUGGGCGAGGCAAAUUCUUAAGAAGUGCUAGCACCUCAUAUAGUCUUCUGUCUUGCAGAUAAACAUGGAUAAAUCAUUAUAUCAUAAAUGUCACGGACUCACAUCUAAACACUUUGUAAAGCCAAUUUAAAAUACAUUAGGUUUUUACAUGUUUGCGUUGACGAAAUGAGAAAUGUAUUUUUUAUCGUUUUGUAGUCAACCUGUUUGUGGUAGACCAAGGAAGACUAUUCCUAGAGAUUAUUUAGAAGAUCUGAUAUCCCUUAAGGUACCUGUAAGUGAGAUAGCACGAUCACUGGGUGUGUCGCAUCCAACAGUAUAUGCUGCUAUACAAGGGUACAACAUACGAUAUGAGGGACGAUUUUCCAGCCAUUCUGACGAAAAUUUGCAAGAUGCUGUAAUUGGAAUUAAAAGAAAUCACCUAAAUGCUGGAGAGGUUAUGGUGCAAGGUCAUUUGCGAGCUCAAGGUGUCAAUGUUCAGAGAAGUCGACUGAGAAGCAUCAUUAAGGAGGUUGAUCCUGAAGGUGUUCAAGCACGUAGUCGCCUGCCAAUUCGUUGA